AUGGCCAGCGGGGACUGCUGCAAGUGCUACCAGCUCACAUGGACGUCCGGCCAGGCCGCCGGCAAGCAAAUGAUUGUGCAGGCCAUCAACGUCGGCGCGCCGAGCGGGUCCGUGGGCAGCAACGACAUUGUGGUGCUGACGCCCGGCGGCGGCGUGGGGCCGAACACGGCCGGCUGCCGCAACCAGUACGGCACGAGCUGGGGCCAGCAGAACGGCGGCGUCAGCGACCGCGCGGCCUGUGCUAGUCUGCCCAACAAUCUGCAGGGCGGCUGCUACUGGCGGUUCAAUUGGGCCAAAGGCGACCUCAACGGCUGGAACGUCGACUACAAACAGGUGUCUUGCCCAGGCCGGUUGACAUCGAUCUCGGGCUGCUCGGGGUAA